GCACGGAGAGAUCUCUCUCGCAUGAGCCUUCGCCAUGCCACUGAUACGCAAGGAGGGCAAGGAUACCAUCAUCUUCGCGUCGAAGGAGGAUCACGCGGUACCCAGUAAGAUCAGCCUGCCCGAACCGGAGCCCAGUCCCGGACUGCUGCUGCCCAACGGCGAGAUUAAUUGGAAUUGUCCAUGCCUGGGUGGCAUGGCGACCGGGCCGUGUGGUUUAGAAUUUCGCGAGGCCUUCUCCUGCUUCCACUACUCGAGCGCGGAUCCGAAGGGCUCGGACUGUCGCACGGCGUUCGAGACUAUGCAGAAUUGCAUGUCACAAUACCCGGCGUUGUACGAGAGCAAGGGUAUGCCGACGGACGACCUGGACGAGGACGAGGAGACGAUCAAGGAGGUGGAGGCAGAGAAAGUGCAGCCGUCGACGGGGACAAGCGGGGGCGAGAGAAAGGCGAUGGUAGCUAGUCAAGGCGCGACGGAUUAGCGAUAGUCGCCUCUCUCUCGUCUCUCUAUCUUAAUUAUUUAGUAAAUUAAUUUUACCUGUUGCACUGUAUAGUUGAAAAUAAAGGUUUGUUUCCAGAAGGAACAAA